AUGCCAAUGUUCCAAUUUUUCGACUUGGAUGCCGGUGGCCUAGAGUUCAAUGAAGCAGUUUCCACUUCUCGACUCGUCUACAUCCUUCCACAUGAAGCCGACGGUACCACAUCGCCCUUCUGGGAGCUGGGGGCCGUCAGCAGCAAAGAAAAUUAUGGACUUGCACUUCCUCGCGUUUCUCGUGCUGCAACCCGCUUUUCUGCGUAUUUCGUCUUUAUAAUCGGCAAUGACACGGCGAUUGAAUUUGACAGAACCGUUUUCUCGUUUUAUCCUAAGAACGAGUCUGUUGUACAGCGGAAGGGUAAUUGGGUUUCUUCGGUCAGACUAUCGUUUGAACCAGCGGCUGUUUUGUCAUGUCCUUGGAAAUUUGCGUUAAGCAUAGGCUAG